AUGGUUGGAUUGAAGAAACUAUUACUGGUGGAGAAGGCUCUUUCUCGUCCAGCAACCAGCCUUGGGCUCGAGGGUUGUGGUAUAGAUCAACCAUACUUUCACACGGCGGUUGACUCGCCUACACAAAGUCACUUCGAGGGUGGUUUCCCGUCCGGAGAUUCGCAGUCACUAGAUGUGGCUCAUCAUUUUGAUCAGAUCGAGAAGCAAUUCGAAGAUCUACAUGAUCGACUGGAACGGUCGACCUCUUCUCAAUCCCAAGUACGGCCUCUCAGCUCUCAUUUCGUACCCCAAAAACCCAAAAAUGGCCGACAUAUCGACUUGAUGGAUGCUCUGUUCUCUACCGAGAAUAAUCAAACAACUACCCCGGUACCACUUUCUCCUCCUGCCAGCCUAUACAACGAAGAUGUUGCGGAAAGAAACAUGACCCGGUUUCUACGGAUCCAAUGCCGCAAUGGACUUGCUAAGUCGGGUAUACUCUCAGCGCUUUACCAAGAGGAUGUGGCCGACAGAAAUAUUGCGAAAUAUAGCAGCCCUGGUCGCUCUUUGUCUCACUUAAGUUCUCGGUCAUCACCAGCUGCGCCUGGUAGGGUACAGAUUCCAGAAAGCCAACGGCGCAAUGCCAGGAAGCGGGAUCCAGGGAAGCCUAGCUGGGCGUCAGCAGAAAAUCUACGGAAAAAGCUCUCCCAUGAUGGCUCGGGUACUUCAUCUACACGACCACAGUCCCAACUUGGCAAUUGCCUCAAAUCCCAGAGAUCUGCGCCAAGCCUGUCUGCGGACGAAGACUUUGUCCCACAAGAAGAUGCUCCCCCAACUCCUGUCCAGCGUUUGGGUAUUCCCGCUGCCUACAAACAAGGAAAAAGGUGGAGCAACACUCCGCUGCCUGACAGCCCUACAAUUCCUAUCCCCAUGGGUGAUAGUAAAAGCGCCGUCGAGGCUCCUUCGGUGCCACGACCACCUGCUACAAUAGCUCGCAGCACACAAAUAUCGCUCCCUCCGCCAAAGUUAACAGAGCCGAAUUCUAAAAAGAAUGCGCGAGGUCUCUCGAUCAAUACGCAAUUAGCUGCCAAAGGACGCCCUAAAAUUGCGCACCGUGCUAUCCAGCCGCCAACACCCUCAACCAGCGAAUUGAAACAGGGUCCCAGCAUCGCAGAAGUGAUGAACAGUCCUCUGCCAGUUUCCACCCCCAUCAGUCCCCUUAAAUCAUCGCGCUUUAAACCCUCCGACAUGAUGGAAUUUUUCACCAAGGCUUAUAAGUCUAUCCAAGGCUCCCAUCCAACGUACGAGACGCUGCAGGACGCCAUAGUCCGCGAGGUCAAUUCCCACGAGGCAUUCCGCCGAGUCCCCGUCCCCGCCCCAGGGCCUCCAUUCACGCCCGCGUCAGACAAAAACGAGUUCAGCAACGACUUCCGACUAGCAACCACACUUCACCGAAGCUCCUCAGGGAAGAACCGGCUCAUGAACAAGAGCUCAUCCAAGCACAAGAGCACCCUCGAAUCCCGCCGUAGCAUCUCAACCAGCGUUGGCUACGACCGCCUCCUACGAAAAGUCUCGGGCUCCCCCGCUCGCCGUCGACACACCGACGCCCCAGCCCCAACCCCAGGCUUCCUGGCCGAAUUCCAACCCCACGAAGAGCCUGUCAUCACCCGCCCCGGAUCCAGAGAGCCAAUCACAUACCUCGACGUGCUGCAUGCGAGCAGCGAACAGCAACCUAUCUCAACUAGCGGCUGCGCAAGCCCCUCUGUAUCUCGCAAGCGAGGACGCUCACAAUCCAUCGGUAACCUCACUGCUAUGGCUUGUUCGGGCUCUGAUGUGCCUUUUGUCCCCGGCACAGUCUACUGCAUGCAAGCUCACUCAGCUCCUUCGAGUAAUUCCUCGCAUGAAGAUAGUGACGAUGAUAUCAUCCACCUUCCUAACCCGAGUCCCCCACCGCGUGUGCAGAUCGAAGGCGUCGACGAGAAUAACAUCCGCUAUGUCAUUGAUGCUGCUUCGCCAGAUGAGGCGCAGAAACUCAUGUACUGGCCUCAGCAGAUUCGCCGCGGUGGUGCCUCCAAUCCUUACGGGAAUAGUCUGUCGCCGUUGUCUCGUGCUCGCAUGCAGCUUCGAGGUUCGCGCUCGGUUGAGACUUACUAG